AUGAGCUCACCGUGGCCUUUCGUUGCUUGGGGCAUAGUUGUUAUUGGACCCAUUGAACUAGCGACUUCAAAUGGCCACCGAUUCAUCUUAGUCGCUAUUGAUUACUUCAGAAAAUGGGUGGAAGAACCGUCUCACAAGUCAGUGACAAAGAAAGUGGUAGCUGACUUCGUGCGAAACAAUAUCAUAUGCCAGUUUGGUAUACCCGAGUCCAUCAUAACUGACAAUGGAGUAAAUCUGAAUAGCCAUCUGAUGAAGGAUAUCUGUGAGCAAUUCAAGAUCACUCACCGAAACUCAACGGCCUAUCGGCCACAAAUGAAUGGAGCCGUAGAAGCAGCCAAUAAGAAUAUCAAGAGAAUAUUGAGGAAAAUGGCUGAUAAUUACAAAGGUUGGCACGAGCAGUUGCCUUAUGCUUUAUUGGGAUACCGUACAACAGCCAGAACUUCAACAGGAGCGAUUCCAUAUUUGUUAGUCUACAGUACUGAAGCAGUCAUACCUGCCAAAGUUGAGAUACCUCCUUUGAGAAUCGUUCAAGAAGUUGAGUUGGAUAAUGCUGAAUAG